AAAUGUCAAGUGUCAGCCCUCCAUUGACAGUCAAGCAAACAAAUUGAUUCAGCAAUUUCGAAAAGAAAAUUAUAAUAAAAUACAAAAAUACAGUAAGCAAACCUUCACUAACUUGUCUACUAUAGGUAUACCAGUAAACCAUUUUAAGCACAAAGUGUUUCUAUUUUAUUGAAGUCGAUCAACAUGGUUUGUGUACCCUGUUUCGUCAUUCCCGUAUUAUUGUUCCUUUGGCAUAAAUUCAUCCAACCUUAUGUUCUUCGCUUUUGGAAUCCCUGGGCAGUCAAAGACGCGGAUGGCAACGUAAAAACUGAAUUUCCAUUUAAAUGCGAAGGCGGAGUAUGUGCGUUCAGCAAGAAGAAGGAUGACAAAUCAAACAAAGACACGGAAGUAAAGGACCAGAAUAUCACUUCGGCACCAGAUAGAAUAAAAGCGGAUUAGUGUAACUUAGUACCUACCUAACUUACCAGCAGCCAAUCAGUUUCAUCACAAUGAUAUUGCUACAUGGUUCGAGCUGGGCUAAUGGUGGAAUUCAUUUCAUUUCUGUGCAUUUAUUUAUUUGUAUCUAUUUUAUUUACUGUUAU